ACACACAGCUUUCUUUCUUCUUCUUACUUCACCAACUCAUCUGAAAAUGUCCGGACGUGGCAAGGGCGGCAAGGGCCUGGGCAAGGGCGGUGCCAAGCGCCACCGCAAGGUGCUUCGCGACAACAUCCAGGGCAUUACCAAGCCCGCUAUCCGCCGUCUGGCUCGUCGUGGCGGUGUGAAGCGUAUCAGCGGCCUCAUCUACGAGGAGACUCGCACGGUGCUGAAGACCUUCCUGGAGAACGUCAUCCGCGACUCGGUCACCUACACCGAGCACGCUCGCCGUAAGACCGUGACCGCCAUGGACGUGGUGUACGCCCUGAAGCGCCAGGGCCGCACGCUGUACGGCUUCGGCGGUUAAGCGGCUUGUGCGCUGCUUCUGCCAAGCUCGGGCGGCGGCUGUGGCCAGUCACGGCACGGAUCCACCAUGACUUGCCCCUUCCCCGGGAUUGCCUGCCUCUUCAUCCAAACUCGGUGUUUCUCAACACCACCCUACUUUGGUCAUACUGUACCGCGUUGUCCCUGGUAUAUUGCAGAGGGUACACAUCAGGAUUUGGCAGGGCUGCCUUUUGUUAUCCU